AUGGCAGAACUGACUAGAAGCCCCGGGGGACUCAGCCAACCUAUCUACGGCUUAAUCUUUCUCUUCCGCUGGCGGGAGGAUGAUGCCGAGAAGCAAGAGGCGUCAUGUCCGGAUGGACUUUGGUUCGCCAAUCAGACGGCGAGCAACGCAUGUGCCAGUGUAGCCCUCCUGAAUAUCGUCAACAACAUAUCCGACGUUGACCUUGGAGAGAACCUGCAACAGUUCAAGGAUUUCACCAUGCCAUUUACCCCGGCACUCCGGGGCGAUGCAAUUAACAACUUCGAGUUUGUCAAGAGAGUACAUAAUUCAUUCGCGCGGAAGAUGGACAUUCUGAACUCUGAUCUAUCAUUGAAAGAAGAAGCGACCUCAAAGCGUUCCCAAAAGCAAAUGUCCGGCGAUGAGGACGCCACGUUCCAUUUUAUCGCAUUCAUGCCGGCCAUGGGCCAGGUCUGGAAGUUAGAUGGAUUGGAACGACAGCCCCAGGCCAUCGGCGAGUGUUCCGAGCAGGAGGAUUGGCUUGAGCUCGCAAGACCCAACAUCCUCGAUCGAAUGGCUGCGUACGAGGAGGAACAGAUUGAAUUUUCGAUCUUGGGAUUAGUUCGAGAUCCCCUACCAGACCUUACCCAAGAGUUAGCAGUCAAUAUUCGAAGUCUCGAAGUCAUCAAUAAGCGCCUUAUGGCCUAUGGCGCAACCGAUGCCGAUUCGAGCCCAGUGUCGUCCCAGCCGCUUGAAGCACUGCAGGAAACACUGCUCGGCCCGGACCCAUUCUAUGGACUCACACGAUUUAUGAUCGACGAAGCUGUCAUUCCAGAGGGAUUAUCGGAAGAACAAUCCCUGUCUUGUCUUCUAGAAAAGCAGGACAAACUUCGCAAGGCGCAACCCGGGUUACGCGGUCGGGUUCGCGAAGAGCAGCAGGCGCAAGAUGCAGAUGACGACCAUGCGACCGGACGACGAUAUGACUAUGGACCAGCAAUACAGGCGGUCGCGAUUGGCCAAGCAUUGAAGUAUAACGAGUGA